AUGGAGGAUGCCCAUUUGAAUCUAUCGUGCAUGCUCGCUGUAGAAUCAAAAGUAGAAUCAAGGGAUACUGGAAAGGCCACUGAAUUGUUGGAGAGAGGACACAUGGAGUAUGGAUGUCCACACUACAGGCGAAGGUGCCGCAUUAGAGCUCCUUGCUGCAAUGAGAUUUUUGAUUGUCGCCAUUGUCAUAAUGAAGCAAAGAACAAUAUUAAUGUCGAUCAGAAGCAUAGGCAUGACAUACCACGGCAUCAAGUCAAACAGGUGAUAUGUUCACUUUGCGGCGCUGAGCAAGAGGUUGGACAAGUUUGUGUUAACUGUGGUGUAUGCAUGGGGAAAUAUUUCUGUGGGACUUGCAAGCUAUUCGAUGAUGAUACAUCUAAGAGACAGUACCACUGCAAUGGAUGUGGAAUUUGCAGAAUCGGAGGGCGUGAGAAUUUCUUCCACUGCUACAAGUGUGGCUGCUGCUACUCAAUUAUGUUGAAAAACAGCCACCCUUGUGUGGAGGGAGCAAUGCAUCAUGACUGCCCUGUUUGCUUUGAGUUCUUAUUUGAAUCAACAAAUGAUGUUACGGUGAUGCUGUGUGGACACACUAUUCACAAGGAUUGCUUAAAAGAGAUGAGGGAGCAUUAUCAAUAUGCGUGCCCUCUUUGCUCCAAAUCAGUUUGUGAUAUGUCCAAGGUAUGGGAGAAAUAUGACAUGGAGAUUGCAGCUACACCAAUGCCUGAACCAUAUAAAAACAAAUUGGUCUGGAUCCUCUGUAACGACUGCGGGAAAAGCUCACAAGUGCAGUACCAUGUUGUGGCCCAGAAAUGCCUGAACUCUACGUGUGUCACAAGACUCGCAACAAAGGGCUCCGUACACUCUUUUGACCACCUGGCUGUAUCAGUGACAGAGGGAAUUGUGGUCCUGCGAUUGUCUUCUGUUGGAAACCUGUGGCUGAAUGCACCGUUGCGAUUCGCUUUUUUUAUCCACCACUCCGGCAAAGGCAUUCAAAUGGUAUCCACUCCUGCAAAGGCACCGGACCUGAGCUUCGGUUCACCUGUUUCUGCGUGGAUGGAGGAGUGGGCGCAGUUUUAUGCGUUCAACUCGUACAUCUGGGUCAUUGACCAUGGUUUUCCUAUGAACUCGUCUGAUUCGUGUAGUGGUUAUAGGAUUUGGAAAUUGAUGAGGGCGUUGGCCUGCAGAGAAUUUGCACCGAUCCAUGCCCGUUUGGUCACCACAAACCUCAUCCACGACCCCUUCACCGCCAGCCAGGUUCUGUGGUUCUUCAUCACCAUCAAAGACUUUGAUUAUGCUCGUCUGGUUUUCAGUCAAACCCAUCAGCCAGAGACCAUUAUUUGGAACACCCUUAUGGAAAACAGACUCAAAAAUGGUUCUUUUGGAGAUGUGCUUUCAACUUACUAUAACAUGGUCACUCAAGGUGUGCCUCUGGAUGCAUCUACUUUCCACUUCUUGAUUCAUGCUUGUUCUAGACUUUUGGCCGUUCAACAGGGGACUGAGAUCCAAGGCCGGAUUUUGAAAAUGGGGUUGGGGGAUAAUAUGUCUUUGAUUAACAGUUUGAUGGGUUUGUAUUCGAAAUGUGGGAAAUUGGAUGAAGUGCGCAAAUUGUUUGAGAUAUUACCUCAGAGAGAUGUGAUUAGUUGGAACACCAUGAUAUCAUGCAAUGUCCAUAAGGGAAUGCUUUACGAGGCUUUGAAUCUAUUUCAGGAAAUGCAGGCUGAUGAAGAAGUUGAACCAGAUGAAAUUACCAUGCUGAGCUUAGUUUCAGCUUGUACGAAGCUCAGGGAUUUGGAAAUGGGGGAGAAGUUGCACCAGUAUAUUGAGGAAAAUGAAUUGGAGAUUGGUGGGAAUCUGUUGAAUUGUGUGGUGGAUAUGUAUGUCAAGUGUGGGAAAAUGGAUAAGGCACUUGAGCAUGUGGGUAGAUGCAAGCCUGAUAUUGAUGUUGUUUUGGGGACUAUUAUGGUUGGUGGGUAUGUAAAAUCUAAUGAGAUACAUGCUGCUAGGUGCCUGUUUAACCAGAUGACAGAGAGGAACUUGAUUUCAUGGAUGACGAUGAUUUCAGGUUAUGUUCAAGGAGGUUACUAUUAUGAAAGUCUGGAGUUAUUCAGGCAAAUGAGAAAAACAUAUUUGAGCCUUGAUGAGGUUCUUUUGGUCACGGUACUUUCAGCAUGUGCUCAUGUGGGAGAUUGCAAGUUAGGCAAAUCCAUUCACAGUCUGAUUUUCAAAUAUGGAAUGAAUGUUGAAGGAUUUCUUGGGAAUGCACUGAUAGACUUGUAUGCCAAAUGUGAAAAACUGGCUGAGGCUUGCUUAGUUUUUGAGCAGUUGCCUUGCAAGAGUGUUGUGUCUUGGAAUUCGAUGUUGGAUGGGUUCUGCAGAAGUGGAGAUAUUAAGAAGGCUAGACUCUUCUUCAAUGAGAUUCCUGAGAAGGAUGUGAUUUCUUGGAACACCAUGAUCAACUGCUAUUCCAUAUCUCAUCGAUUCGGAGAAGUGUUUGAGUUAUUUCGUGCAAUGCAGUGUUCAAAUGUUCGGCCGGACAAGAUCACAUUAGCCAGUGUUCUGUCUUCCUGUGCUAGUGUUGCAGCCCUGAAUCAUGGCAUUUGGGUGCAUGUUUACAUAAAAAAGAAUCAUAUUGAGUUGGAUAUUAUGUUGGGAACUGCUUUGAUUGACAUGUAUGGAAAGUGUGGAAGCAUUGAAGAAGCCUAUGACAUAUUCUCAGAUAUGACUGAAAAAAAUGUGUUUGUGUGGACUGCUAUGAUAGCAGCACAUGCCAUGGAAGGGCAAGCCCAGAAAGCUAUUGAUCUCUACUCAGAAAUGGAAGCUCUAGCAAUAAAGCCAGAUCAUGUCACUUUCGUAGCUCUUCUAUCUGCUUGUAGCCAUGGAGGCUUAGUCAACGAAGGGUACACAUACUUCAACAAGAUGAGUAGUGUCUACAGUAUUGUUCCUAAGAUCCAGCACUAUGGUUGUAUGGUUGAUCUCCUAGGUCGAGCCGGACGCUUAGACCAGGCAGUUAAAUUUAUUGAAAGCAUGCCUAUCAAACCAGAUAUCUCUAUAUGGAGUUCCUUGUUGAGAGCAUGUGGAAGCCAUCAGAAUCUAGAAUUGGCAGAAAAAGUAUUUCAACAGCUCAUAAAGAUAGACCCCCUAAAUGAUGCUGCUUAUGCUCUUAUUUCAAAUAUAUAUGCAAAAGCUGGUAGGUGGGAUGAUGUGAGCUGGGCAAGAAAGAAGUUGCAUGAACUAGGAGUGAGGAAGCAACCAGGAUGUAGUCUAAUAGAACAAAAUGGAGCUGUGCAUGAAUUUACAGCCUGGGAUUUCUCAAACCCUCAAUCUGCUGAAAUUUAUGCUAUGUUGGAUGAGAUAAAGGAUAGAUUGCAAAAACAGGACCUAGUAGAAACAUCAUCUCAGCAUAGUGAAAGAUUGGCUGUUGCUUUUGGUCUUUUAAACAACCCCCCAAGAACUCCUAUCCGUGUAGUUAAUAAUCUGCAGAUUUGUAGAGAUUGCCAUUCAGCCAUGAAACUAAUAUCUCAGGCCUACAACAGAGAAAUUGUUAUCAGGGAUAAUUACAGAUUCCAUCGGUUUGUAGAUGGAAAUUGCUCUUGUAAAGAUUAUUGGUGA